UUUACAAUAGCGUGACUGACGUUUUGUGUGUCAGGUGACUCGUGCAAGGAAAUGCAGUCCCUUGGAAAACUGCUAAGGAUGAAUCGGCCGUCGGUUUAUAUUUUGCUUGUUGUCUAUGCAAGCAUAAUAAAUGGAGCUUUGGGAGACCGGCUGACAGUGCUGCGCAGCCCUGAUUAUGUGCAAUUCCGCGACGGACAAUGGCCGGUAUCGGGAGAGAAGAUUCCGGAUUUGGUAGCGCUCACCAUGGGGUUUUCUGUUCAGGAGGAUCUUGACUGGCCUGGGUUGCAGGCAGGGCCCUUGUUCCAGCGUCCCAGGGCCAACGUGCUGGUGGUGGUCCGAGGAGUGGACUCUCUGGAUCUGCCCAAGAACAUCACUUCUUAUCCUCUAGAAAAUCCUGUGCCCUUCACACUGGACAGUGUGGCUAACACGGUCCACACCCUGUUUGCAGAGAGCACCCCUGUGGUGCUGCAGCUUGCACCUAGUGAGGAGAGGUUGUACAUGAUGGGCAUGGCCAACACGGUGUUUGAGGAUCUACCGGUCACCCUUCAGCAGAUCCGGGGGCGCCUGUCUCAGGAGGGUUCCGUGCUGAACUCUCUGCCACUCAACUCUCUCAACAAGAACAACGAGGCCGACCUGCUCUUCCUGUCUGAGGUCCAAGUGCUGCAUGACAUCUCUGCACUGCUGCUGAGGCAUCGGCACCUGGCGAAGGACCACGCCCCUGACCUGUACUCGUUGGAGCUCUCCGGGCUGGAGGAGAUCGGACGGCGGUAUGGACAGGACUCGCCACAGUUCCAAGAUGCCUCCAGCAUCCUGGCCAGCGUCAUGCAGAAGUUUGCUGACGGCGUCUAUGGCAUCUACAGCAACAAUGCAGUGGUUGAGGUCGUCACGGUCAAGACAUUCGAAGCGCCUCUUACCAGGAAGUCUCGCUCUAUUCUUGAGUCAAAGCAGAUUAGCAACCCAGGAAGUCCCUACAAUCUGGCCUACAAGUACAACUUUGAGUACGCCGUGAUCUUCAACAUCGUGCUGUGGCUCAUGAUCGUGCUGGCCCUGGCGGUCAUCGUCAUUGCGUACAGCCUGUGGAACAUGGACCCCGGCUACGACAGCAUCAUCUACAGGAUGACCAAUCAGAAGAUCCGCAUGGACUGAGCACUCCAUUCCCACUACCCCAUAUGUCCUUAUCCUACUUGCUGUGGUGAUGUUGCUUUUGUUUUCUCCUGUUGUUGUCUCCUUCCCACUUCACUCAUGUGACUCUUCUCCCCCCUCGUGCAUAGUGGUAUUUCCCUCCAAAUCCAAAAUAUAUUCUAAAUAAGUGUAAAGUAAUGAAAAUUAUAAAGAUAUUGCAGCCACAUAGAAUGUUGUUGAUACUUGUUGUACUUGAAGAGUUGGAGAAUGAGAAAUUAAUUUAUUGAUGUCUUGGUGGUGUAGAUAUUCCAGUUUGUUUGGCUGUAUUUCCUCUGAAAUACGUCUAUGACUGCUAAAGCAUUAAGCUUUCCUUUCCACACAGAAGUCACAGUUUGUUCUGUAUAGUAAUAGAUCUACAGAGUGUUUUAUGUGAGUUUUGCGAACGUAUGUUUGCACACGUGUGACAGAUGCUUGCUGAUUGUAUUUAUUGUUUUGUUGUGUUUACUCUUGUCUGAUUUGGGCCUGUUUGUCAUGUGACAUCAGAUCAUUCCUGUGUAUAAAGUUUUCUUUGGAAGCCGACAUUGUAAACAAUAUGCAGUGAGUCAGUCAGUAGAUUUGUGAAACCUUAAAACGUGUAGGUUUUCAUAUGUACUGAUAUCUUGAGAAGCAUUGACUGGACAUUAUUGUAUGUAAUUGCUAAUGUUGAUGUAUGUAUGUAUGUAUGUGAAGAAUGAAAGGAAAUCAAUGGUCAUUUUCUCCCCAACUUAAACAAUAAAACCAGGAACCGUGAAUAGUGA